AUGAACGCUACAAACUUAGAAAUUUUAAAAUUUGGUAUUUAUGUCAUAUUUCCAAUUGGAAUUAUGUAUUAUUUCGGAAGCCCGAGUUUUUAUAGAAAAUAUGUAAACGAAGUACGCUUUUGGCCACCUAAAGAAAAAACAAGUUGUUUACUAAUAAAUAAAAAUGACAAUAAAAGUGAACUAUAUCAUUUAAAAACAUAA